CUCCUUCAGAUCGCCGAAAAUGCCGUUCAAGAGGUUCUUGGAGAUUGGAAGGGUAGCCUUAAUCAACUACGGAAAGGAAUAUGGCAAGUUGGUCAUUAUCAUCGACGUCAUCUCCCAAAACAGGGCUCUUGUUGAUGCUCCCGACAUGGGGAGGAGCAAAAUUAACUUCAAGAGACUUUCACUCACAGAUAUCAAAAUUGACAUCAAAAGAAUCCCAAAGAAGAAGACCUUGGUUGAGGCUAUGGAAGCUGCUGAUGUGAAGACCAAGUGGGAGAACAGUUCUUGGGGAAGGAAGUUGAUAAUGCAGAAGAGGAGCGCUGCACUUAAUGAUUUUGACAGGUUCAAGCUUAUGUUAGCAAAGAUUAAGAGGGCCGGAGUUGUGAGACAUGAGCUUGCAACGCUUAAGAAGACUGCUUCUUAA